UUUGAAUCAAAAACGAAAAGACACAGUAGCCGGUUGAAUCAGACACUCAGGAUUCCUAGAUACUGAAAAGAAAUUGGCAGAAAGUCAAUUUCCUCCAGAGAUCCUGUGUUGUGGAAUUCAUUAAGCGAAGAAAUGAAGAAUUCAGCCAUUGAAACGUUCAAAAAACAUCUUAAAAAUGAACGAAAGAAGAUAAAUGCCAUUUAAUAUAUUGGGCCUUGUAGCAAGAAUUUUCUUAUAUAUUUUUAACUUUGAUAGAAACAAUGGAAAUAGGUCAAAUGUCUUUACUUUAUUUGUAUAGUAUUAUCUGCGUUUCUUAAGACAGUAGGUCCACAUCAUCCUGGUUAGGUGCCAGUAAAUUAACCUCCUUAUAAAAUAAAUGCCGCCAAAGGUCGAGAGUUUGAAAUUAGCAAGCAAAUGAGGGGUGCACACAAAACAGAGGUAGAUUUUUGCAGUUGAUACCACAGUUGAAACAUCUUCCAGAAAAAAGUUAAGUGCAUUGCUUUUGAAGUAAAAAUGUAACAUUAUUGGACACAAUUGUGGAAAUGGUAUGUAAAAACAAAAAACAACAACGAUGCCUCUCAGAAGGUGUUAAAGUGCCUUUCAUCUACCUUUUGGCUCAUUGAGUUCUGCUUAAGCAGAAAGAUCAUUCUCAGCUCAGCAAAGAAUAUAACGGUGAUUCAACAACUUGCCGAUGCUUUGUUCGUAUCAGUAAAGAGCUGAGAAAAUAUUGAAAAAAGUUGCAAAAGACUUUGUACAACGAUAAUCACAAACAAUAUUGCGCUUUACUUUACGUUUGAUUUACCAGCUAUUGUUUGAAAUAGUUUAAAGUAGAUUUUCUUUAUAUAUUCCGUUGCGUUUCCCCCAUCGAGUUUAUGAUAAAUUUGGUGAAAUAACUUAGCAACAUCUAAUAAAUACAGCGAGAAACUGGAACAUAUUCUAUCAUGUUACACUAAAAUAUUUAUUUCUAUUCGACCAAAUGAAGUAAUCUGUAUUAGCUGGUAACUUGACGUUAAGGCUGAAAAAGAGAGGACUCCAUAUUAUCACCGCAUUACUUGACGUCGUUUACUUUUUGAAAUUGAUCAAAUCAAAUAAAUAUAGUUUUUAUAAACAUAAACUUAUUGGCCUAAUGCUAAGAUUAUAGAUUCACUGUAUAAUUAAGGUAUGGCUAUUACAGGACAUCUCCAAAUCAUAACUCGUGGUGUAUCACAAGGGAGUGUAUUAGGUUCUCUUCUUUUGUCAGUGUCAUGUUGGCAGAGUAGAAGGGGGACACUUGAAACUAAAUGAAAUGUCUUGUUCUAUAUAUUUAUAUAAAUACUUGCAGUAUACUUUCGCUGUGUUAAAUGAGUGAUAGAAAGAAUCUGUUUCUGAUAAGAAGAACCAUUCGAAUUAAGUCUUUAAAGUUUUAUAAAAGACAAGAAUAUAUCAAAUGAAGCUCAGAAGGUUUAUUGAUAAGUCUAUCUGUUGAUUGGAAUGACUUAGUGACGAGUGUAGUUGCUUAGCAAACAGAGCUGUGGGUGGAUCAUAAAUUGAUUCCAAAUAAAACAUAAAAAGAAAUAAUUUAGGCCAGGCUUAGUUUAAUAUACCUAACCACACAGAUCAAAGGAGUAACUGCCUGUUGUCAAGAGUCGUUCAAAUAAACCGGAAGAUGUUGACAGAAGACUAAAGGGUUCAGGUUUUUACUUAAAUACUGUAUUCAUAGGAAACACCUCAAACUCAUCUAGGCAUACAUGGAAGUUUGAACAACAGUUCUUGUUUGUCAAAUUCGAUCGGUCAUAAUAAAGAGAAAUCUGCUUAGAUUCUCUAAUAUCGUGACAGGGGGUUACAGUUUCUUUUGAUUAUGUCCUUGGAAUAGAAGACACGACUAUUUUCAACAUCUUGCAAGUUUGUCUUGUUGGCAUGUUUGGAUUAGGAUCGUCCUUUGCAGAAAAAAGGAUUCAAAACCUGUGUCUGCAUGCAAAGUUGUACGUCACAUUGCGUUUUGAGAUCACUGUCUUUCAACCAUUCAAUGUUUAUUUACCCUUUGCAAAAUUAAAUAACCUUCAAUGGUAAAUUGCAUAAUCGAAACCCCAUCAGGCAUUGCGCAUUGAGGUUAUCUACACUGGUGAACGACGCAAACUCAGAAAAUCCUACGUGAUCAGCGACACCAGAACUGAUUUAUGAUGAUGUGGACCUCACAGUGAACAUGACCAAGUCAAGAGUUGGUCUAUCGAAUCGAAAAAUAAACUGGUAAUACCUAUGAAUGCAAGGUAAAAGUCGAAGAAACCGAUGAUACAUUUUUGGAAUAUAAGAUAAUGAGACAGGACAGUCUUUAAUUAAAAUUGACUUCAAUUCAAAAUGUGACCAAGAAUUACGCAAGCGGAUAUCACGCAUGGAGCAAUAUACUCAUUUGGAGUUAAUUUGGAGUCAGUGUAUUUGAACUUUGCAAGUAAACUCGAAAUAAUACACAUAAUAUAAACGAAUAAUACACACGCCGAAUUGCGACGACAGUCUGAAACGAACAAUUCAAGACUGGGCAAAGACUUCAUUAAAUAACAUGCUAUAUUGAAAAAGCCAUUGGCUACCAUUUUCGCGUUUUCUAGGCAGAUUCGCUGUCAAAUUUUAGCAAUAUGUAAUUUGAUAAGAACAAGACGUGGCAACGGGCUGACGAAAUGAAAGUCGUUUACACAAGCCAUCAAAACAUAACCCAUUGCAAUACACUGUGGCCGUUUGGAGACAUAUUCCUCGAAUACGGAUACCUCAUCUUUAAUUCUAUUUCAAGCUGCCUUGGUAUAUUGGGCAACCUGCUACUUCUUGCUGGGCUUUUCAAAUCCAAAUUGAUAAAACAGAACACAAUGAGGAUCAUUUCGUGCCUUGCUUUGUCUGAUUUCGGCAUUUCGUUAUUUGUUAUUCCUGGUCUCUUGAUUAUCAAAUUUCGAGUAACCAUGAAUUGUGAACUCGAGUUGAUUUUGACGCUGGUUUUCAUGUUGUUGGGCUUCAACACGGCCAAUACGCUUCUACUGCUUUCGUUAGACAGGGUUCUAUUAAUUUCUUCGCCAGCAUUUUAUCGCAAAUGGAUUUCUGGAAAGCUUGUUAAAAACAUUCUUUGCUGCUCCUGGCUGGUUUCAUUAGUGCUAUCUCUCUGCCGACUGUUUCUUUCUCCUGUUUCGAUAUCCCGGAUGCUUCUUGUUAUCGGCAUGGUCUACUUUACCGUCGCUUUUAUCUCCUAUAUACGAAUCUUCUUUGUUGUUCGAAACCAUACGCGUAAGUUACGCGAUAGUGUGUCUCUCAAGCCGCAAGCUUCUAACGUACAAUCCCGAACCGUUGAUGGCAAUCCAAAGCCUAAAAAAAGGAUUUCGUUCAAACUGGAAGUUGAAGUGUUUGAAGAGACAGCUCCUUAUGAAGUCUCUGGUGACAGAAACAUGGAGGUAUACAUGCUCCCAGGUGUGGCUGCGGUCCAGUUACAAGGGACCGGGAGCCAAUCCGAUCCAAGCUACCUUCCCGUUCCGAAGGACCGAAAAGCGAGCGAUUACGACAGAAAGCCAGAUUCGAACAGGGAUAGAUUUGACAUAGUUAAAAACAGUCACCGUGCUUAUGAGUGUAUAUGUGACGAUAAAGAAGACAACGGAAAGAAAGUAGAGCAAAUAAUACCAACAAAUGGGCAAAAAAGACCUCAAUACUUUUCUAGGUUUAUGCCUUUAAACUUUCACGAUAAAGAUGAAAACGCGUGGAACACAAAAAGCCAACAUGGAGCAUCAUUCAAGAAGGAACUAUCAAUCACAAGCACCGUUGCUAUUGUUAUUAUCUCCCUUUUCCUAUGCUAUAUACCGUACAUCUGGUCCGCAUUUCUUUGGGCCAAUAUGGAGUAUACGCAGAACAUUCACGCUAGCUAUCUAAGGCGCAGCUUAUACGCGUGGGCUUUGGCACUCACAUUUCUGCAUUCUAGCCUCAGUCCGGUAAUUAUGAUUGUGAGAAACAAGGCACUUCGGAGGAGCAUGAAACAAGCAAUGAAGCAGCUUUGCCUGUUGGGCUAACCGGCCUACGAUUAGAAAUGCUGCGUGCGUAGAGUCCAGCUCUGAGCUUGUAUAGCAUGGAACCAAAAGAAAGGUAUCGUCGUUGGGUUACGCAGACCAGAGAGGCGAAAAAAAUUUAAUAAAACCACAACGCAACUUCGGAGGCGAACUUUGACAGAAGGGUUUGGGAGGUGCAGAGAGAUAGCAAACUGAAAAAUUAAUCUAAUUUUGUAGUUUCAAACAAAAGGAGACUUAUUUUUAAUGUAGAAAUAUAAAAUAGGACGAAAACUCAGAAAGAUGAGUGCCUUUAUGCAAGAGGAAGCGGCUCGCAAGUUAUGGUAAUUCGCAGCUUAAGAAUGAAACAUACAAAUGAAAAAGUAUUUAAUUGUUAACAAUAAUGAAUUCAAUCAACUGUGCUAAGUUUGUAAGUGGAUUCAUAACAAUUUUCAAAUACUUUUUACAAUCUGCUUCUCAUUUCUGUUCAAGUGCUACUGACAAAGGUCUUCAGCGGUUUUUAGAUAUAUCUGCAACUUUUUUACUCAUCAAACAGUGCAAGUGGCAAGAGCGGUUGUAAAUUUACAAUGAAAUCAAUAAACUGUAAUUUUUCUAAUUAAUUCUAAACGUAAAAUCUCACAAAUUUAAACACGACAAAUAUAAACUCGAAAUUCCAGAACAUCACACGAAUAAACAAAUUAAUAAACAAAAUGUGUUUCCUGAAAGCACUGUGGUAAAAUACUGGAUGUUCGCAGUUCGCAGUGUAAGCUAGAAUUGGUUCUGAUACCAGACAAUUUGUUUUGUUAGGGGUAAACUCUAGCCCUAAAGCAGUUGCAAGAUUACUCUGCAAAGCUACUUUUCUACCUCUUACUAGCGAUAUUCCAGCCGGUCGUUGUCAUGACAAUAUCUACCAUGAUCCUUUUCACCUAUCUUGAAGUCAUCUGGUAACAGGUAAUCAAUCCAUGGCCAAUAGCUGCGACAUAAUUUGGGUAUUUACACGGCAUUUAGGCUCUAAAUUUGAUAAACAGACUUCAACUAACUGAAAAUCUAAACAGUCCAGCCUAAUUUCCCACAAACAGGUGCAAAAUACCUCAACUCGCAUCAAAUU